AUGAGAUGCGACGCGCAAAAACCCUGUUCGACUUGCGUGAAAUCUCAUCGCUUUGCGGCCUUUGGAAAUCCAGAUCUGUUGCAGGUAGAACCAGAGUGCACGUAUGACAACAUUGUUUCGGAAGGCAAUGUCGUUAAGCACCGUACCAAGUACCAGGUUUGGAGGGCAGAAUACCGAACACAAUCGACCGUGCCACUGCCCAACGAUUCUGAACAGCAGCUUACUAUAUCCGGUUGGCCAAUUCGUUUGCCCAAGCCCGACCUUUUCUAUCAUCUUGUGGACGUCUUCUUCACCAGCUAUCCUCACGCGCACUACAUAUCCAUCGGCCCAGCUUCAUGCUCUCGCUCGCGCUCUCGCCCAAGUCGCCUGAUUUCCCAUGUGUCCCUCCUCCACGCCAUCUGUGCCUAUGCUGGUGUAUUUUCCUAUCUUAUAGAGCCCCCGCCCGCCGGAGACCUUGAAAAAAUAUAUCGCGACUUUAUUUUCGGCGAUCGUCGGCGGCCCGAUACAAGGGAAAUAUCAUUUGCUGAGAUGCACACGCAGUGGGCCGAGGAAGCCAUCGAACAAGCCAUGGCUAUGGGCUUCAAUUUACUGAAUGGCCGCUGGGUAGAGUUGUGGUCGACGUUGGGUGAUGUCCUGAGAGUUGCCGUACCCCUGGGUUUGAACUCUCGUACUGGAUUUCGUGGCGACGGAACGGCUCAUUUGUCGGAAACCCCCGAGACUCUUCUUCCUGACCCGACCAACUGUGUGGAAGAGGAAACACGGGUGAACCUGUUUUGGGUAGCGUAUGCAAACGAGCGGCUUUCUGAAUCCCCAGGGUCUUGGGCUAUGUGUCUGGAUGAUCAAGAUAUUCAUCAAGUUGUACCAGGGGACUUACUCCAUUUCGAAGCAGGGCACGAUAUUCAAGGGGAAAGACAGACACUAGAAUCACCUGAUUUACUCAUUCGGCAUUUUCCUGAGCAUAGUGAUGGAUUCACCUUGUAUAUCAAAGCUACUAUUCUCGUCUCCAAGGUCAAGUCCUUCAACCUGAGAAUACGGUUCAAGUACCCCAAGGCAACUGAUCUGCGAGAACUCGUAGAGUUCCAAGAAUUGGAGCAAUCAGUUGCUUCGUUUAGAAAAUUCCUUCCCCAGCGUUAUAACAGCCCGAUUAUUCAGUCCGGGAGAGGACUCGACAUUCAUGUAUAUACCGCCCAUCUGAUAUUCCAAUUCGCAAUGAUCUUGCUGCAUGACAAGCACGCAAACUUGUACUCCCCGAAUUGCCAGUCUGCGCACAGAAUAAUAGCGGCAGCUCGAACCAUCGUUGAGCUAUUAUAUGCCAUUUCCUCGACAAGCUAUGAUAUCACUCGACUUCCCCCAAUAUGCGUGCAAUGCUGGGGAAGAGCGGCAUCGGUUCUGAUUCGGUUAUACAAACUUGAAACCAGUAGAGGAAACCAGGAAGAAGCAAUGACUAUCGCCUUGAAAUUCAGUCUAUCAGGCGCGAACCAAUUGGCUGCAUGUAUUUCGGUCACAAUAGCUAAUUAUUUUUCAAAAGCGCUUGAUUUCGAACUCGAGGCAAGUGGAUUAAGAAUUGAAACAGAGGCUUAUUCUAAACGGGUUCCUCGUAGACUGAAUGUUCCCAAAUUGUCCGAGUCUAUAGUAUCUCUCAACAAGGCCCCUCGGAACUCAAUGAAAAUUCGAGAGUCACUCCAGCAACCAAUGUAG